AACGAAAACAAAUUAAACAUCCCACAGCCAAAACAAAAACUAGACAAAAAUUGAGUCAAAACAAAUCAACGAAAUAGAUUUUGGCACAGUAUGAGCCAAAGUUUUGAUAGUUCACAUGGACGUGGUGGCGGCGGAGGAGGAGGAGAAGGAAGACCUGGAGUUGGUUAUCCAGAGCGUCAAUGCUCGGAGGAUGUGCCCGAAUCCACAGCCACAGCAGCAACCACGACGGGAACAGGAACGCCAACGACAACAACAACAGCCGGAGAUGGACGACAAGGAGUAGGAGUGGGAGCCGGCGGAGUCGGAGCUGGAGGAGAGGAUGAUUUCACCGAUGACAACAAUUUCGAAUCGAAUUUGCGACGUCGCAAAGGCAAAAUAAUAUCCUGUGCCAAGGAGACCAUCGAGAAUGCUUCCCGCCAUAUACGCCGCAAGGUGCCCUACGCUGGUCAUUUGAUGACGCCGCGUCGGCUCUGGCUGAAUAAAAUCCCAACGCAAUGUGACGUGGUCAUUGAAUUUCCCGAGGAUGCCCCGGACGAGGCACUGCGCUGGCUGCUGGCACGCAUACGGUCCCAACCGCCGGCCGGGCUGGGUCUCCUGGUGCAGGUGAAGGCACAUGAGAGCACGCGACGGAAUGCCUUCUAUGUCAGUGCCCCCGUGAAUGUUCUUUUUAAAGCCGCCGAAGAGGCCCGCCUGCCCAAGCGUCUGCGUCCGGAUCUUGGCGGCGCCCUAAGGGAGUUUACCACACGCGAGAGCCAUUGCUUUCAGCAGUUGAGAGGCGAUGUGGCCAGCACCGCGCUAUUCACCUCACAGGAGCGCCAGUGGCUGGUGUUGCAGGUGCUGCAGGGCCUGCGUGCCGGCUGCAGUGACAUCGAUGCGCUGCAUGGACGCGCCGCAGUGGCCGAGGGCCAGAGCAUUGUGGCCGCCUGGCAGGAGUCGGGUCUCAUUACACAGGUCUUUCCGCUGCACGAACCACGGUCGUUGACACAACUCCAGACGCACUGGGUCAAGCAGAUAUUUGCACCGCAACCGUUGGAUGACAUUGCUGCCUAUUUUGGGGUGAAGGUUGCCCUGUACUUUGCCUGGUUGGGUCACUACACUUGCGCCUUGGGUGUGCCGGCUGUUUUUGGCACGAUUCUCUACUGCAUUCUCUGGGGCAAGGGUCAAACGGCCCAGGACAUGGGUCAUGUGCUCUUCUCGCUGUUCAAUGUGGCCUGGGCCUCACUGUAUCUGGAGGCCUGGAAGCGGUACUCUGUGGAGUUGGCCUUUCGCUGGGGCACUCUGUCCACGCCGCCCGAGUUACUCGAGCCCCCUAGGCCGCUCUAUAAGGGCCCUUUGGAGGAGAACAAUGUGACGGGUCGUCUGGAGCCCAAAGAGGCGCCUGCCUGGCAACGUCGCGCCUUCCGCUACUUGGUUAGCUUUCCCAUCAUAGGCUGUUGUCUCUGCAUGGUCUUUGCUGUGAUGUUUCUCAUGCUGCGCUUUCAGGACUGGUGGGACUCCAAGCUGCCGGAGGAUAGUGUUCUAUGCUGUCUGAGUGUCAUACCAAAGGUGCUGCUAGCAGGUGCCAUUACCCUCAUGGAUGAGGCUUACUUUAAGCUGGCGGUGUGGCUCAAUGAUAAAGAAAACUAUCGGCUGCAAUCGAAAUAUGAGAAUCAUUUGAUAGCCAAAGUGGCGCUCUUCCAGUUUGUCAACUCCUUUCUAUCGCUCUUCUAUAUAGCCUUCUAUUUGCGCGAUGAAGAGAAGCUCAAAGAGCAACUGGCUGGCCUGCUCAUCUCGCGACAAAUCAUUGGCAAUCUGCGUGAAUCGGCCAUUCCCUAUUUUAUGGAGCAAUGGAAACUGGCCAAAUUGAGCUUCAAUAUGUGGGGUGCCCUGAGCCCAACGCAACAUGUGACACGUAGUCUGGCAGAGGAAUUGGCCACAGCCGAGGCCGAACUCAAGGCCGAGGCAGCUGGCGGCACGCCCACAAAAAGCCAUCAGCAAAGCCAAGAAGCGACUAAAAGGAACAUUGGCCAGGCCGAAAUUGAGAGUUCGUUGUAUAAGUACGAUGGCACCUUUUCCGAUCACCUGGAGAUGCUGGUGCAAAUGGGCUAUGUGGUGCUCUUUUCGGCUGCCUUUCCCCUGGCCGGUAUAUGUGCUUUGAUCAACAACCUCAUGGAGAUACGUUCGGAUGCGUUUAAGCUGGCACAUGUGCAUCAGCGGCCGUUUGGACAGCGUGUGGCAAAUAUUGGCACUUGGCAGAAUGCUCUGAGUGUUCUCUCGCUGGCAGCGGUGAUUGUCAAUUGUGCCCUGAUUGGGCUCUCCGGUCAGGUGUCGAGGCUUUGGCCAGGACUAACCACAGCUCAGACAAUUAUACUGAUUGUCACACUCGAACACAUCAUGUUGGGGCUGCGGCAGGCACUCACCUGGCUGCUGCCGGAGUUGCCCUCUUGGCUGGCAGCGGAAAUAGCCCGAGCCGAGCAUUGCCGACGGGAAAUGCAAUGCAAGGGCACCUCGCCACGUCCCACACCGCCGACACCGCAAUCGACCACCUCCACACAGCCGGAACAGGAGGGCUCCGGUGGGCUGAUACAGAUGGAGAGCGGCGCCAACACCACACACGAUCAGUCGUCCAUGGAGAGUCAGGUGGCCGAGGAUAUGCUGCUCUAUGGCCACGAGUUCGCUGCCUCCGGUUAUGGGCGCAACAUCGAGGCGGAUGUGAAUAUUUAUGAGAAUCGUGAUUCAUCGCCCGAUUCGCCACCCUCGCAGACCAGCACCAUACUUAUUAGACCGCUGCACGAGUCGACACCACCGCAUGGAGGCGCCUCCCUUUCCAGUCUGCAUCAUGAUGGCAAUGGAGGAGCUUGUAAAAGUUGUGUUAGAAAAUCCCAGCACUUUAUACCGGAAAUACCACCAUUUCUUGGAUAUUCUGUGCGAAAUCUAAGCGUUUUGACCAAACAACAGCAACAAAUCGGAGCUUCCGCCAGCACGCUAGCCCUGAACUCCGCCGCGUAUGCAGCCCGGAUGCAACCGAUGCAUUUGCCAGAAAUACCGCCGUUCCGUAAGAAAUCAAGCGACUCUGCCGAACACACUGGCAGCAGCAACAGCAGCAGUCCCCAGCGUGCCACGAUGCGGCAACUGUCAGCGCAAUAUCAGCCGCAACAACAACUGCAGCAGCAACAUCAACAGAGAUUAUCGGAGAUACCGCCCUUCAAGACGCGCAAAAUAUCUGCAGAGAGUGCAACGCAUUUGAACAUGAGUGACAAGCUACACAUAAAACUCCAUGCACCCGAAUGGAUGUCACGUUUAAAAGUCAACGACAAUGCGAAUCUGCAUAGAAGCAUAGAUUGUAUUGCCAAGGAACUCGGUAGCAAUGCCGAUACCUCGGAUAUCUUAAAGCCUGCCCCGUCCUGGAGCAAUGUGGCCCUGAAGACGGGCGCUCCGGGCAGCAUGUUGGCCACCCCACCAGCCUCGCAGCAACAACAGCAUAUAGUGGCCUCAUCCUCCUCGUCGUCGGGUGGCGGUGGCAGCGUUUUCAGUCCCAGCGGUCCGGGACCUACUGGAGCCUCCGGCAGCAUCAGCAAUUCGCAGUCAAGGCCCAGUGUGGGUGCCCUAUCAAAUUCGUCAUCCAGUUCGUCCCACAAGCAGCAAAAGAAACUGGAAAAGGAGGAGAAGGAGAGGGAAAAGAAGGAGGAGAAAAAGAAGAGAAAAGAGGAGAAAGAAAAGGAGAAGCAAAGGGAGAAGGAACGGGAAAAGGAGAAGGAAAGAGAGAAGGAGAAGGAGAAGGAAAAGGAAGAGGCAGCGGCUGCCUCCACAUCAGCGGGCGCCUUGGAUGAUGAAGCCAAGGCGGCCGAAUUGGCGGCCAAGAAAUCGCGUCUCAAGCAAAAGCUGGUGAAAAGUGCGAGAUCUGUGGCUAUAUUCUCGCUUAAACUGAAGGAACGAAGACAGCGGGAAGCUGAAAAGGCAGCCACCAUUGCCGUAGAGCAUGCCAAGGCUCUGGCUAAGCUGCCCAUACCCCAGGCAGUGGGCGGUGAACUGUCGCUUAUACCCAUCGAACAACUGAUUCAAAUUGAGGAUCUACAACCUGCGAUCAAGCCUGCAACAGCAAACGUAUCGACAACGACAGCACCGACAUCCACAUCGAGCCAGGCAGGCACAUCGUUGCAGCAUCACUAUCAAUAUCAACAGCAGCAGCAGCAGCAGCAGCAACAGCAGCAGCAGCAACAGCAGCAGCAGCAGUAUCAUCAUCCACAUCCGCAUACCGAUGACUAGGCUUCUUCAAAGUAGAGUUUGAUUAGCAGCCACACACACACUCUGUAAAUAGUUUUCUAUGCACUCUUCCCAUCUACUUAGCUGAUGAGUUCUAGUCAAAGUUACCCGAUACUGAUACUCGUAUGUGAGCAAAUUUGCUGAAUGUUGUGUGUCUUGUCCAGAGUUGGAAGCAAACAAUUAACGAAAUCUAGUACUAGUAGAAAGCAAAAGAAAACCCCCCAGCUAAAGCGAAAAUGUUAUAAGAAAUCCAUUUCGAUAUCAAUUUUAUCAGAAAUUGUUUACUGAAAAAUCAAUCUGAAAUAGUAUUUUGCACCCCACACACAAGCAGAAAUCUUAGACAAAAAAAAAAAACCAUAAAUAAUAAUUGAAAAUGAAAAUGAAUAAUUGUGAAACACGAAUUUUUGUUUAGCGUUUUAGCAGUUAAUGUGUUUUUGGUAGUUCAAUAAUGUUGUUUAGCAUUUAGCCGUAAAGGAAAAUUUGUUACAGCACCCAAAAUGUGUUGAAAGUGUUACGUUUUGCAUUUAUGUUGCCACUGGAACGAAUAUUGAUAUACACAUACGUACAUAUAUAAAUACUAAAUAGUAUACAAAACUGAAGCAAUCAAACCCACACACACACAUAACAUGAGCACACAACACACGCAUAACUGUGAGAUAAUAUCGUCCAUUGUUCCUGUUCCUUCCAUAUACAAGGAUAAAGCCUUUGCACUCGCUUUUAGCCCAUCGUAUAAGAGAUCACAUCACAGAAUUGCAGCUUGCUAACAACGAAACAAAAUUAUAUUCAUCAAAUGCUGCAUAUAUUUUUCAUCAUUUUACUAAAUAUUUUUGUCGGCUUGAGAAACUAACGAAAAACUCACAAUUAAACUAAUCUAAAAUUUAGAACGGAUACACACACACACACUACUGAUAAACACAAGCCCCCCACUCACACACACACACACGAAUGAUAUUUGUAAAUAUUUUGUAGAAUUUAAGAGCGUAAAUGAAAUGAAAAUUAAAAAACAAAACAACAAAAAAACAUUACAGUUAUACUCGUAAUUGUACGUGCUCUUGUGUUAAAAAGAAAAACCAAACGAACCGAAAACAAAAACAAAACAAAAAACAAGUUAAAGUAAAGCAAUUAAUUUGAAAAGAAUUUCGAUUUUAAAGUAUUUAUUUCAAUCGGGUGCUAACUUGGCUUAAAUGGGUUUGUGUUUAUUGGUGGCAUAAUUUUGGGAGUGGCUGUAAUUUAUAAUUAACUGGAUUGGGUCACAUCGGAAUUGGAAGAAUUAAAAAAGAUAAAGUAUAUUUUUGUUUAUUAUAUUCGUAUUUAAAUAAUAAUCUUUGUUUUUUUUUCUAGUGAAUCCAGUACAUCCCAGUAAAUGCUGUGGUAAAUCGUAAGUCUUAACUAUAAUCCCACUUAUCACUCUUACACAUUCUUACCGAUCCCCUCUCUGUUUUCUUUUCUUUUUUUUUUUGUGUUUUUUGUGCUGUUUCCCUGACCUCUUAGCCCAUAAAAAUUCCUAUGCUUCAACAAUCUCCUCGGCAGCAUUGCUUUUAAUUGGUACUCUCGUACUCGUAACUAAGGAGAACUGUGAGAUAUGUAAAUCCCGUACAUGCCACAGACAGUAGAGAGCAAUCGUGUAAAUAAACGAAAGGUCAAGGAUAAUGGAUUGCUUUGCUUGGGGUCAGUGCUGGAACUUUUCCAGAAUUGAUUGCACUUGCACUGGAGUCUGUCUUCUGACUGUGGUUUAAUCAUUACGUUUAAAUCUAAUAGAGCAGCAGCUCCUUCGAUGCCCUGCCCUGCCCCCUGCCCCCAGUACUUGAUGGGAUACAAGUGUUUCAGAGUCUGGUUUUUUUUUUUUUCUGCUUGUUUUUUAUUUUGCAACAACAUUUUUCAUUUUGUUUUAUAGCCAAGCUUAACGAAUGGUGGACACGGGUCAAGUCAGCCUUCCACACACACACACACACACACACACACAGACAGUUGGGUCUCUGUCUCGUCACUGCACACGUACGGGUACGGGUACGGAUACGGUACGGUACGGGUUACGAUUAUCUCGGACCCCAUACCUUGUUCAUCGUUCAUCGUCAUCAACACUUGUCAUUGUUGCAGGUGAGCUUUUGCUGUAACUGAUUUGAGUUUUUUGAUAAAAUUUCUGAGCCGCGCAGAGCCGUGGAGUGUAGCAGUCGUUGCCCAUUUAACCGCUUGACAAACGCACUCCUCACGAACGGUUAAUUAACGCGCGUUUUAAGGCCUCGCUCCCGUAAUCCUCUGCUCCCAACGUGACCCUCCCUUCCUUCCUCCUUCCCCUUACACUGAGAGGGGGGGCACGAGUCGCAUUACGAGUGCAUUAUGGCAUGGGCGGGCUUUGUGGAGCGGCUGGUACGGUUGUCGUCUGACGCUUGUCGCUCUACCCACUAAGUGGUAUAUGUUUCAUAUGACAGAUAACGUUGUUGUGGGAUGAUACAUUUCCCAAAUAAUGUGCAUGUCUUUUUGGGCAGGUG